GGUGGUGGAGCCCAAGAUCAUUAUUGAUCUUGACGUCGUCCAGCAUGUCGCUCCUGGACGUAUCCCGCGCUACAGCAUACCCCAUGUCGUCGACGUCGCUGGUUGACGUGACCGAUAUGCCUUCUAUCUCCCGGAAGCGCCGACGACCAGAAAGUAAGAACCUUGAAGAGGUCUCGUACUCGACCAAGCUCAGGGCGCUCCUCGCCGAAGCGUGCCUCUCUGAUAUGAACAACGUUGUGAUCGAAAAGAACUUGAUCGCGAUCGCCAAGGAAUUGGCCAUCUUGCACAGCUUAGGCCUUCAAACCGAAGCCAAGUGCCUCAAGUUCAUCUCGAUCGCAUUCGCCCGUAUCAGUGUGCUUGUGGCCAAGCAUGCAGGCCACAAAGAACUCACCGUGUCCCCUGUCAGCUUGUGGGAAAGCGCCAAGUGGCAGGUCGCGGAAACCAUCAGCAACGAAUCCAGCACACUCGACGAGGCCUCCAUCACCGAAUGCUAUGCCAACGCUGUUCGCGACAUCCAAUUGCUUUGGAAAGCGACCGUUCUCUCCAAAGAACAAGGCGCCCAGUUGUGGCACGAAAACAAGCUCGACGAAGCGAUUUCGCUCCUCAAGGCGUCAGAAGUGUACUUGCGCCGUUUCAACCUCAAGUGUCAAAAGCUCAACAUGGACCGAGCUUUGAUUGAGUCACACCUGACGUCAACUACCAAACGCCCGUGCUCUCAUCAAAAGAAGGUCUCCUUUGCCGACGCCCCCCUUGUGGUAGGCGUCGCCGACGCGGAAGUUGACCGGUCUUCGGUGGUUGUGACCAAGCCGUCCAAAUUGGACGCCCUCCUCUUGCGUUCAUCGCGUGUGUUCCCUGCGCCGAGCCUCUAAGAUGUGCUGCUCCAUCAAUCAGCGCUAUGUACAAUCACUGGAAAUUGGAACUAGUGCGACCCUACACAAUAUGACCUUAUUUAUCUCUCUUCAUCUCCC